AUGUGGAAGGCCGUCUUGGCACAAGCCACUGAGCACAGUCAGGAAGUGGAAGCUGAGCUGCGAGAGCUGAGCCAGGAGUGCAGAAAGAAGUACCCCAUCAUCAAGGAGUACACAGACAGAGCCAUCUUGAAGAUCCGGCAUCACCGAGAAGAUGCUUCAAAUGGCCAUGGCUCAGGCACAUCAUCUGACUUCCCAUUGGACGAGGUACUGCGAGCAAUUCUUAUGGCCUGCGAGACAUUUCACAGCAAGAUCGUGAUGAUUUCGUUGUCCUGCCUGCAAAGGCUGAUUCACCGAGAGGCGCUCAAGGAGGAGACAGUGGCUAUUGUGGUAAACCUCAUGAAGGAACAGGCAGCCAAUGGCGAUGAGACCGUGCAGCUCAAGGUUUUGCAGACCAUCAUGGCAACUCCGUCCCACAUCAAGCUGCUGAAUGAGACGGUGGUGGAGCAGCUGAUGCAGUUGCUGUACAGCCUCCACAACUCAUCCAAUGCCAGCGUCCACCACACAGCUUGUGCUGGUCUUCGACAGCUUGCGGAGCACCUGGCCGACCAAGCAGCCCAAGCAGCCACCCAGGCCUUCCGGGUCUAUAAGAGUGAUUCGGGCAUAUUCGCAGAAACAACCGAGCCGCAGAUGGAGCUGCCACCUGCCGGCGAGUUGCAGAAUAUUCGUCCCAGCUGCAAUGGCGAUCAGCCGCAAAAGGCUCCAGCGCUUUCCUUGCCGGAGUUCCUCCCUUUGGGUGUCGAAGGUGAGCUGCGCAUACGGCUGUGCCUGGCAUUGGCCACGCGUGAAGAUGAACGAAUUGCUUCCCAGCCAAGGGCACCUGUGUCCAGGGAGGUGGUUUGUUUGCCGCCACAGCGAGGGGAGUGGCAGCCGAGGUGGCGCGUACUUCGUGGGCAUGAUGCCCUCCCCGGGCAGGACGUCGGCAGACCGGCGCCGCUGUCCAAACUCGCAGAUGCCAAGGCCUUUUGUGAGAGUCGAGGCCUCGCCGGCAUCGUUUUGUUUGGAGGCCUGCUAUACCUGAGACCACGCGGGGCUGGAAGCCAGCUUCUCGCUGCUGCAACUCCGCAAUCUGGUGCUGACCUCCUUGUGAGGCCGGCGGAUGGGGCGAAGGAUGAGGUCCCUGAGGAUGAGCCCCGGGAUCCAACGAUGCUGCGGGUUGCCGUCCUUGCUACCCAGGACGAGUUUGAUGAAACAAGUCUUUUUGACUUGGGCAUGGUCUCCACGACUGGAAACGGCCGGCGCUAUGCCGCACAGGCACUGUUGCGCAACAUCAUGUCCACAGAAGGUCUCGAGCUGACUGCGGUGUUGAUUUAUGAUUGGAAGAACAACGACUCCACAGACUCCACGAGCUGGGCGGUGCCCAUCCAGGGGCCAGAGCGCUGCACGGUAGCGUUGCGAGGUGGGAAGUCGGUGACUGCUUGGCGUGGCUCCAUGAACCAGCUGAUGGGUGCAUGUGCUGGGGAUUUGGAGGUGGAUGUGGCCGUCUCCAUCCAAGCAAGGCGAAGCUGCCUGGAGCUGCUGAGGAGCAUCCGUGCAAAGCAGUACGUGGCCAUGGGUCAUGACUACAACCUUCCGUUUGGACCGUGGGGCAUGGAAGUGGAGCCGCAGUCGCUGGCUGUGCACCAGUCCUUGCUCCGAGACGAGCGGCUAGAAGUCUUCUGCACAUCGCGCCACCUCCGGGACUUUCUGGAGCGCUUCUCGGAGGGCACCGUCCGGACGCGGCUCUGCUACUGCGCGGACUACGGCUACUUCGAUGACACGCAGGGCUUCGUGCCUCCGGCCUAUUGUGACAAGGGCCAGUAUGUGACCUUCAUAAGCCCUUGUCCGGCGAAGGGCCUGGCAAUUGUGCUCCGCUUGGCUUUGAUGCUUCCCGGCAUCCAGUUCCUCUGCGUGAGCACUGGAUGGACGAAGACGUUGCAUGAAGUCCAGUUGAAAGCACAUCCCAACAUCCGCGUGGUGCCCGGCACUGACAGCAUCGAAGACAUCUACCAGCAGACCGCUCUGCUGCUGAUGCCUUCUCUUUGGCAAGAGUCUUUUGGGCUGGUUGCCGUGGAGGCACAGCUGCGUGGCAUUCCUGUGAUUAGCACUGCAGCCUGCGGCCUAAAGGAGGCCAAUUUCCUGGAGGAGCUGCAGGUGCCCCAAGUUCGCCUGGUGCACGACUCCAGGACUCGAGAGAUGUUACGUGGCGUCACGAUGGAAGAGGCAGAACUCGCCCUCGAUCCUUUGCGGCCGGGCCACGACAGCACAAAAGGCAGCCGCUGGCAUGUGCACGUGGCUCACACGAUCGUGGCUUCAGAUGCUGAGGCGGCAGGCUUUGCCAGGUUACCAACUCCUCGAAACGUCAAUGCCUUGGGCGUAUUGCCCGAGAGCGGCCGGCCACUCAAAGGGGCCAAUCGAUGCCCAUACUCGCUGACUGCCUGCUGGCCGAGGGCAAUCCAACAUGUCCAGAUGAACUUCCACUUCGAGAUACUUAGAGAAUCCAAGCUGAUCGUCCUGGGAUGCAGAGUUGUCCCGCUGAUUGACACAUGCUUGGUGUCACCUGGUGUUGCCAUAACGCCGUGCGCGGUGCUACGAGGUUCUGUCAUGCGCCGAACGCCUGCCGCAAAGCUGCCGAAUGUGGCGCCGAACCAGGCUCCAGAUGGCCUGAGAGGACCGCUUCGGAUGUUUUACAUCUUCGUGCAGGAUCUUUGCGUGAUGGCAGACUACGACGUCUCCAGCAUGUCGACCAGAUACUCUAUGGACCCGAGCGAGAGGAUGCGCACCGGAAACAGAGAGGGCUACUGGCUGGCCAAUGUCAAGUUUCCGCGGCCUCUUUGCUUGGAGCUGCUGGGAGCGUGCAUCUCCGCGCAUCCAUCCAUCUUCAGGGCUGUACCUGCUUGCUUUGCUCUGUUGCGUCACAAUGUUUGCGCAGCCCUUCUCAAGAACUUGCGCGGCUGCUUCGACUUCGCGAUAUUGAUCCGGAGCGUGCAGCUGCUGCAGCAGAUCUUUCGUCCUGCGCUGGCUGCGGACAUGCUGGCGGAGCUUCAGGUGUUUCUCCACCUCAUGUUGGAUUUAACCAAUGCCGAGCGCUCCCUGUGGCAAAGGGCGACUUCACUGGAGUUCUUGAGAUCCGUGUGCGAGGAUCCGAUGACUAUUGCUGUCCUAUACAGUAGUGAAGAAGCCAGCCCGGUUGGACGCAGCCCGUUGAAUGAAGGCUCAGAAAAAGAGGAAGCACCCAGGCUCUUCCUGGAGUUGGUCAACGCUUUGUCAAAGCUGAUGCACCAAGUUUGCUUCUCCUCUGGUGGCAUGGACUCUGGUGCUGCCCCCGUGGUCGACUUCUCGAGAACUCCACUGUGUUGA